AUGUUAUUAGAAAUCAAAAAUUUCUAAUUUAUUCCUUAAUCAUUAAUAAUCUCACAAGACAAUGUUCUAACAAUUAAAGUUCUCAAAAUUUAAUAAAGCAGUCAAAUCUAUUGUUAAGACAGAUAUUUUAUUUUGGCAAUUUCAUAAACUGAUUAAUAUUAAAAUGAAGAAGAAAUAGAAACACCUCCUCUAUAUGAAAAUCAAACAUUUGUUUAUUAAUUCACUAAAGUAGGAAAUUAUGUUAUACAAUGUCUGAAUUCAAUACCAUUUAAAGCCUAUAUUUCAGUAAUUCAAAACUAAAAGGAAAUAUCUGUUGUCUAAAAAAUGUAAUAAACCAAAAACAUUGAAUAAAAUUCUGUAAAACCAUAACCAAAAGUUGAUUUAUAUGCACCGAAAAAUAGAAAGUUCAAAAUUUUAGGUAAUCAAGAAACAAACAUGGCAUCCACUAUAAUUCUAGAGCAGAUUAAAGAAAAAUGUUUAGGAGAAGAUACAAAUAUAGAUAUAGUAGACUUGAUAAUGAAUAAUAAAUCAAACAGCAAUAUCGAAACAGUGUCCACUUUUAAUAGUUCUUUCUAGUAACCAUAAAAUAUAGUAAAAAUAAAAACUGAUACAUAUUCUGAUUCAGGCAAAUCAGAAUUUAAUACAAUUUUAGAUAGGAAGAGUUCUGAUCCGAUUGUUAGUACUCCAAAGGUUUAAGAUAGGAUCAUGUUAACUAGAUAAAAGCAAUAGUAAUUGAGUGUUUAUGAGAAAAUUCAAUAAGCCAUUUUAGAUUCAAAGCAUAAAGAAAUUGAUUUACUAAAUAACUAAACAGAUUUCAAGAAAACUUACUUGAAAGGUUUGAGUAUCAUAAACUAUUUAGAGAUUGGUAAAACAUUUAAUAUAUGUAGAAUAUCUUAUGAACAUCUCGAAAAAAGCUAUUGUAAAUAAUGAAAUACAAAAUUGA